CUCUAAAGUAAAGUUUGUCGAACUAAAAGGCAUUAUUUAGCUACUUGUUCACUUUUGGUUUAGCUCCAACGGCUAGAAAGGCUCCCCAAAAUGAUAUGCCCUUUUGCUUAGUAGUGUUUAAGAAGAGAGUAAAAAAAAACCUGUGUGAUCUUCCCAGCAGGCAUCAAUGGCUGCCAACAAAUUUGCAGCAAUGUUGCACAGUAUGACUGCAGUUUUAGUGUCUGCAGUUCUUGAAUGGAUUCUCAUACUUCUCCUCCUCCUCAGCUCCACCUUGUCCUAUCUCACCGAGAGAUUCGCCGCCUAUUUUGGCCUUAAACCGCCCUGCAAUUGGUGUUCGAGGAUCAAUCGCGUGCUGCAGACUGAUAAAAAUGCACAUUUCAGUCGAGAUCUUUUCUGUGAGGAUCAUGCUCGAGAGGUUUCCAAACUCGGGUACUGCUCGAAUCAUCGGAGGCUUGCUGAAUCGGGGAGGUUAUGCAGCGAUUGCUCGCCUUCUAGACUGCCCGAGAAUGCUGCAGAGACCACUGGAAUCUCUGCAAGUAUUGGCUUCUUUACUUGGGUGAAUGAGAGUGCAGCAGAGAAUAAGGAGAAUUGCAGGUGUUCUUGCUGUGAUGAGAGCUUGAGCAAGAAGCUUGAUCUUCCUUGCCUGCAGUUCAAGCCUUCUUGGGAUAUUCUUCAUCACAUCUGGAAAACCAGAGUGGUGAAUGAUGAGAGAUAUGAAGAAUUUGAACUCUCUGCAGAUCAAAAGAAUGGCAACAAAGCCAAAAAUUGUGAUAAUCUUGCCUUCCAUGAUUCUGAUACUGAGAGUUUCAGUUUCGGGCCGAUAGUGGAGCAGGAUUGUUCGAUUUCAGUAUCGAAUUUUGCAGAUGAAGGAAGCGGAUGCCAGAAGCCGAGUUUUCCAGAAGAUGAAUUACAGCAGUCUUGCAAAGUUCAUCUCAAUGAUCUGCAGAAUGAUGAGGAGAAACGCGCCUUCUUGGAUGAUGGGAGAGACGAUUUGCAGGCCGAUGCAGAUGAUUUCAAGGUGGUUGUUUCAGAGCCUGACAAUUUCCCAGAACAUGAACAGCAGAACUGUUUCAGAAUCCUAAAUGUUGGAGCUGAUGAAUCUUCAGACAACAUAGUAAGCGUGUUAUUGGAAGAAGGCGGGGACGAGAAUUUCACCAUCGAGCAGCUGAAAUCCGCGGUGAAGGCACAGGAAAAGGCGUUGAAUGCAUCGUAUGCAGAGCUCGAGGCAGAACGAAAUGCUGCAGCCAUAGCUGCGAGCCAGACAAUGGCUAUGAUCUCAAAGCUGCAGGAGGAAAAGGCUGCAAUGCAGAUGGAGGCAUUGCAGUACCAGAGAAUGAUGGAAGAGCAAUCCGAGUACGACCAGGAAGCACUGCAGAUCCUAAACGAUCUGAUGACGAAGCGGGAGAAAGAGAAGCAAGAACUCGAGAAGGAGCUCGAGACUUCCCGGAAGAAGGUUUCAUAUUAUGAAUCCAGAGAAACGAGAAGGAGAAGUAAGCAAUCUCCUGCUUCUCCUCCGAGCAGUCCCACAAAUGAACUCUCGAAUCGUUUCACCUGUGAAGGGAAACACGACAACAUUAGUAUCUCCAACAUAGACUCGAUCACGAGGGAAUCAGACACAGAUUCCCUCAAGCAUAUCAGCAUUCUCGACAAAUCAGUGAUAGAAUUCGAGGAAGAGAGGACAUCCAUCUUACAAGAGCUCAAGGAACUCGAAGACAGGCUUUUAGCCCUAGCAGACGAAAAUGGAACACUUCAUCAUCCUACUGAUCAUUUCCCAGAAGAUUAUGAUCACAGCCUUUAUGAGAGCUAUGUCCAUAGCUUCCUAGAACAAAAUGGAUCAUCAGAGAGAGAAUCACUAAGCUCCACAGCAAAGAAUCUGCUGCCCCUUCUCGACGAAGAAGCAGAAUCCAUCGAAGAAGAGCUCGAAGAACACAGUCCUUCUGUGAUGAUCAACAGCAGACUUGCCAUAAUGGAGGAAUUCGGGCACGUGUACGAGAAGCUACAAGCUCUCGAAGCAGACAAGGAAUUUCUGAAGCACUCCAUAAGCUCAUUGAAGAAAGGGGACAAGGGACUAGAUCUCCUCCAAGAAAUUUUGCAGCAUCUUCGCGAUCUCAAGUCAGUCGAAUCUGCAAACUAAGCCCGCUCUGCAAGGACAUUCAACUUUGCUGGAGAAAGAGACUCCCAGCUUAGAUGUGCUGUAAUGUGCACUAGAAUUUGUGUAUGUCUUGGCCAUGGCUAUCUUGUAUGAAUAUACUGUUUUACAAAACUACAGAUUUAUGGUUUAUGGUAUAGGCCCAACGGUUCAGUA